UUUACCGACCAUCACGUCGCAACAAUGGCGACACUCGUAGAAACGUGCGUGUGCGAGGCCUGCUCGGAAGCUCGCGUAACGAUCCAACAGAUCUUCGAUGUAUUAGACAUAUACGGUUGGUUGUUAGACUCGUAUGUGGUGGAUUUUUUUCAGGAGCAAUUGUGGGAAAAGCUGCCAAACAGCUGGAAGCUCAUUCUGCAAGGAGUAUCGCCCGAGGAGUUUGGGACAUGGUUAGGUGGUGACAUCUCGUGUACACGCGUGUGGCCAUUGUCACUGCUCGCGUUACGACAAGUUACAUGGAAUUUGCAAAUCAACAGGGAUCAUCGAAAUCACGAGAGCACUUUGCGAUGCGGUAAAGUAAAGAAUGACGCGUACCAUAAUUUGGAAAAUCUUAUCUUGGAGGGUAAAGGUGAAGAGUCGCAGAAUCUGCACGACGCUUUGAAGAAACAUAACAAUCUCUUCCUGAAACACGUUAAGAUUAAGAAACGGCACGAGAUACAAGAGAUAGCGAAGAUAUGCGCGGAUUGCGCGCGCGAAUCUAAUGCAAAAUGCAUCGUGGACGUUGGAGCAGGAAUGGGUCAUUUAGCCCGAUCGUUAGCAUUCAAAUAUGGCUUAUAUGUAACAUGCAUUGAACAAAAUGCGUCACUGUCGCAGCAAGCCAGAAAAUGGGAUCGAGAGUUGUUGACGUCUAUAUCUAAACAUUUGCCUGACUUGCCGAUUAAACUUCCGCAACAUGUAUCGGUUAAAUUGGAGAAUACAGACCUCGAGCAGACUGAGACAGUCGAGAACAUACAACGGAUAUUCUCGGAAAAUUUUAAUUUGAGUAAGACGCAAACUGGUUUUAGUAUUGUCGGGCUACAUCCGUGUGGGGAUCUCGCAGCCACACUACUGAGGUUUUAUAUCUCGAGGCAUGAAGCGAGAUUUAUUUGCAUUGUGGGAUGCUGCUACAUGAAAUUGACAUUAAAGGACACGGCGGAUGUCUUGCAUGGAUAUCCGCUCAGUAAAUACUUGUCGUCAUUCGAAAAUCACAAGCUGUCCUACACAGCGUUAGAAGCGGCGUGCCACGCUAUGGAGAGUCACUGUGAUAAACUGAGAACUGGAAACUACGAAGAUUUAAUAGUACAUGCUUACAGAGCCGCUCUAGAAACCAUUUUAAUAAGACGAAGUAAGCGACUACGUCAUAUUCAAGUGAGGAACGUCAAAGUGGUGAAACCUCUAACGUUUCAACAAUAUUGCGCAGCCGCAACUGCGGAUUUUGAGUCGUACUUGCAACCUAACGAUUUGGACUUUGAAAACUCGCAAAUAAAGUAUUUUUUGAGCCAAUGGCGACAAAUUGUGAUAUUCGGAGCAUUACGUACGAUGCUGGCACCAUUGGUGGAGACUGUGAUAUUACUAGAUAGAUUUCUGUUUCUUUCUGAGAAUAACCUACCUCCCACACUGAAGCCUAUCUUUGACGCCAGAUUAUCUCCUCGAAAUUUUUUAUUGUUAUCAGUAAAAAACUGUGAAUCAUCCUCUUGAUCGUACCUUUA